AUGACCUCAUUGAUUCCCUCGACAUUGGUCAAUGGUGACUCCCUGGACGGACCUCUUUUUGCCGAGCUCGAUGGCAAGGAGCCCGCUGAGCAGCUGGAACUCUUGAACAGCCAACUCGCUCUCGAGCACCGAAUCAAGGAGGGGGCAGAAAAUCUUCUGAACAUGGGCAUGGCGGAUUAUUCUCGUAUGAAGGUCGAGGCAGAGCUGGAUAUUUCGAAGAAGAAGAUCAGUGCAAUCGCUAAGCGUAUUGAACAAACGUCAAGGUACGCAGCCAAGAAUGGCGCCGCCGCUGUCAGGCGCAAACUCGGUCAGGGACACGCGCCAACUGCGAGCGUCAGGUCCUUGAGGGACAAUGAGGAUAAAAGUGGCGAGGACUUCCGCACAGCUCUCCAACACGCGACCAGCUUCGUUAAGGACUUGGAAUCCCUUGCGCGGUCGGCAUCUUCCUUACCACCCGCUUCCACCUCCACCUCUAGUGGGAUGCAACCAGCUGCCGUGGUCGAGUAUGAUCGCCAGACGACUGAGCUGAUGACCAAGCUAAUUGGUGUACUCCAACGACAUCUCCGAGUACGCUAUGAACUGAGCCUGGACGAUUUGUUGCAUGCUGUCAUCCCUGGUUUAGGGGACCGAUGUUCAAAGCAAUGCAGGGCUGCAGCAUAUCGAUUGCUGCGACAUGCCUUGGUGGACGCUGAAUCAGUAAAGCGGCUAGGACAAUCUGUGGACUGGUAUAUGGUCAAAUCCCUUCAACGAGAUAACAAGCAUGCCGUUGAAAAGGAGCAAGUCAUCAAGCUCAUUCGAACCAUUGCCGAAAUUGGAAGCAAACGGGCCUCCACCAAUGCUGGGAGCGGUGGCCUGGUGCCUCUCUCCGAAGCUGUCAUGCGAGCUGUCAUCGCUGUGGCAGAGCACCCUGAGGACUCCCUGCGGGCGAUUUGCGUGCAAACCCUGACCGAAAUAAUGGUACUUGAUAUAGAUCUCGUGGCGCGGACGGGUGGAAUCCGAUUUCUUCUGCAUGUUUUGGGAGAAGGCCCAGUGGAGAUAACCCCUAUCCUGGCUGCAGCAUUCCUACAUAUUGUAGACUCUCCCCGCACACGAGCUUACCUCCGCGUUGGCACUGACCUCGAGAUGGCACUCUCAGCCGUGACGGAUGCCUACGGAAAAGGUUCAGACCAUGCGGAGCGAAUGAGGGGAUGUAGCAAGGUCGUGCAGCUCAUGUUGCGAACCUGGAGUGGGUUGAUGUACUUUUGCAUAGAUGACAUGCGCGCGAUCAGGUCAUUAAUUGAUACUCUGCGCAUACCUUCUCUUGAUACUAGAGAAAUUAUUCUAGACAUGUUCUUUGAGCUCCUGAAUAUCAAAACUCCCGAAUGGUACCAAACUUUCAUCGAUGGCAGGAGACUGACGAUGUAUCGGAAACCCCGCGAUGGAGAUGAGACACAGCAGGAACCAGAGAAACCCGAACGACUAAAUCAGACAUUAAAAUUGACGGAUCAAUACCUUGCUCUUUUGCUGUUAGUACUAACCAAUGCUGGAUUAUGCGACGCUCUUACCUCAAUGAUAGAAGAGACAACGACAGGCUCCAAUCUAUCUCGCAAAGCCACAUUAUUGUUAGCAGAGGCUUUAGCAAUGACAAACCGAGUUCUUCCUUUGUCGAUCGCUGGUAGAAUUCAGGCUGUUCCUGAAGUCUUCACCAUGGCGACUGACUAUCGAGACGGUGAAAGGAGAAUAGUAGGUACAUCAGCUCUGUCGGCCAUCGACAGCUUCAAUCGCAAUCGGACAAGGCUAGAGCCUGGUACUGUCAAGAACUCCCGUCCAAGAGCCAAUUCCGCCGAGGAUGCGGUUCGUCGUGGACAGAGACAGGUGGAGCAGGUCAAACUCAAGAUGAGCAUGCAAAUGGAUGAUAGAACAUUUCAAUCUUCCAUCCUGGAGACUCAGGUCAUUGUAACGAAGGAUUUUGCGAAGUGGAAUUUUGAAACACUACAAGAACUGAUAGAGGGCCCGUUGUUGAACCCCAAGCGCAUGGAGGAGGCUAUUAAAGUAUCCAGGUUCAUACGACGCCUCAUGUCGUUCUUCCACCCGUUCAACCAUCGAUUUUCAGACCUACCGCGAACAAAAGCCAAUACCCGUUGGGUGCGGCUUGGAUGUUCGUUAUUGACUACGCUCAUGUCUAGCCCAGACGGCGUGAGGUAUCUCUCAACAGAAGAUCAGUUUCUUGCGCAGAUUGUCAAAAGCUUCGCUCAAUUAGAUCCAUUUAACGGCGUACCUGACUCAGACCCGAUCUUUUCCAAGAAACGAGUGACGGAUACACUAACGUAUGGCUACCUUGAGAUGCUUGGUACUUUGAGCAAAUACAAGGAAGGCAUUGAGCUGCUUGAAAAGUUCAAAAUUUUUACAGCUUUCUACCAUCUGAGCGAGCUGCGGAGUCGAGAGGAUUUAAUUAAAGGAAUCGUCGAGAAUCUGGAUUACAACAUUGACGGCCACCCCCGAAUAGUCUUAUCUAAGGCACUGACCUCAAGUUACAAGCAUAUUCGCCUAUAUGCUACUCGUCAUUUAGGCGUGCUCAUUCGUGGAUCUGCAAACGCCAACGCUUGGACUUUGCGGUUGCUUCUAACCCAAUUGUACGAUCCUGCUCCGGAGGUUUGUGAAAUGGCUGUCCACUUUCUGGAAGAAGCAUGCGAGUCCAAGGAAAUACUACAAUUAGUGGUGGAUAUGCAGCCUACAAUGGAUCACUUGGGGGAAAUUGGGCAUCCUUUGCUCCUCAAGUUCAUGUCUACGCCAAUGGGCUUUCGUUAUCUUUACGAUGCUGGGUACAUUGAUCGUGAAAUGGACAUGUGGUUCAAUGAGCGCAACAUCUACUACGUGGUUCAAGUUGAGGUUUUUCUUGCCAAAGUCUUCAAUACCUCCAACUUGGCCGACGAAGACGAGGACCUCCUCGCGUUCGACGGUACGGUACCACCCCACUUUUACGGGGAAAUGUCGAAGACGGAACUGGGAUGUCAAAUCCUACAAGAGAAAGGGCAUUUUACAGAAUUUUCCCAGUUCAUUCGGCGACAUAGCAACGAGAGCGAGGAUACAGACCUCAUCAUGAAAUUGAAGAGCAUUUUGUGGGCUGUGGGCAACGUUGGUGCUACAGAAGGUGGUCUUCAUUUUCUGGAAGAGGAGGAGAUCAUCCCGUCUGUCCUUGAGAUCGCGGAGAACUCGCCGAUUUCUUCUGUUAGGGGCACUUGCUUCUUUGUGCUAGGCCUGAUAUCUUCAACAUCUCAAGGUGCCGAAAUUCUUGACGAUUACAAUUGGGAAGCCACAUUGUCGCCUCUUGGAAUGCCCACCGGACUAUGCAUACCCUCGGAUGUCGAUAAGUUUAUUUCAAUACCAUCGUGGAGCCAACACAUUCCACAAAUCAAUGACGAUCGUCUGGUCCCGCCUACGGCUGAACACGAGCUAGAAAUUGUGACGGCUCUCCAAAAUCUCUCUAACACUGUCAUUGCAAAUGCUGCCUCACGAUCGCUCGCCAGGAUCAAAGCACGACCCGAAUUCAAGUAUUCAUUCACAUCUCCGCAGAUGCUUUAUAGGGCGUUCCACAUUAUAUCCACGCAACGAUACCGUCUACCCGUUAGACGGUACAUUCUGGACCUUUUCAACCUUGAGCUCAAUCCACAACUUGUGAACGCCCUCAAUACUGCUGCUGAUGAUUUGAAGGCUCCUCCAACAUACAAACCCCCACGCACAGACAGCAUUCGACUGAGUGUGUUUGGCCGGGUCGGGAAAUCGCGGCGUACAUCGGAGAGUGAUGAGUCUGACGAGGAAGAUGCGCAGAAUAUACCAGCCCAUCAGAACAAACUUCCUGACGAGCGCCCAAUCCUAAGUCUACGGCCUGUAAGUAGGGUCAUUGGCUUUGCUACUUAA